AUGUCUUUCUUCGGGACGUCCACCAGCAAGCCCACGCUCAGUCUCGGGCUCAGUACAACCGCACCAGCAAACACGGGAUCUUCAUUGUUCAGUCAAACCACGAACCAGCCGGCCCAAUCAACCUCCACGAAUACAGCGACCGGAUCUUCCUCACAGCCGCAGAUAGACAUUACCCAUUUAAGGUCUACUACCAAGUUUGACCAACUCACACCCGACCUACAGAGAGAGAUUGAGAAUGUCGACACAAUGAUCUUCAACCAGAUCAGGCUUGCCUCUGAGGUAUCUGAUCUCAUACCCACGGUGAUGGCCGCUGGAGAGACUCUACCGAACAGUGUCGAGUUCGUCAGCCAGAAGCUGGAAGAGGUCGACGUAGGACUAGGCAACGAUGCGGAGGCGAUCGUGGCGGUGAGAGACGGAGACCUGAAGAAGGGCGAAUUGGAGGCCAAAUGCGUGUUUCGAGCCGUCGACCGACUCAAGAUGCCGCGACAAUAUCAAGUCAUAAGUCCCGCGCAAAAUGAAAAUCUGGCUGGCAGCGGGAUCUACGGCGCGGCUGGCCUGAGUGGAUGGUGGAACAACCCUCAGACUCUGAAGGGCAGUGUUCGAGGAACCACGGCGCAGGGCCAUACCAUUCAACUGCCCGGUGAAGAUACUGAAGAAGUCCAAGGCCCGAAGAGCCUGACUGAAUUGUUCAACACGCGAGCGGAGGAGAUGGAAGAGUCGAUCCAGAGUGACAAACAGCUUCUAGGCGAGAUCGAGGACUUUGUCCAGGGACUCGAAGGAAAGGUCAUUGUCAAAGAGCGCGAAUUGAAUGAACGGCUCAGCUACGGAGAGCGAAACACAACUGGCAUGAGCGAGAAGGACCACCAGAUCCAGCUGCUGCAAUAUGUUUUUGGCGAAGUCCAGAGAAGUCUCUACGAUGUCGCCGACAAAGUGGGCGCUACCAGAGACGAGGUUGCACAAUUGACGUUGGGGAGAUGA